GAUAUAAAAGGACCAUGGCUCGCUUAGUCAGUGUUGCAGUGUGAUCACAUUUAGCUAACACAAUGGGAAAGAUAAUCUUCUACGAGGACAAGAACUUCCAGGGUCGCUCCUAUGAGUGCAACACCGACUGUGCCGACCUGCACACCCAUUUCAGCCACUGUAACUCCAUCCAAGUGGAGAGUGGUAGCUGGAUGGUCUAUGAGCGGCCAAACUACAUGGGCUACCAGUACUUCCUGAGAAGGGGCGAGUAUCCCGACUACCAGCGCUGGAUGGGCUUUAAUGAUUGCGUGAAAUCCUGCCGCAUGAUCCCUCAAAAUCAGGGAGCUCACAAGAUGAGAAUCUACGAGUGCUCUGACUUUGGCGGUCAGAUGCUGGAGUUUGCUGAUGACUGCCCCUCCCUCUACGAUCGAUUCCAUUACAAUGAUAUCCACUCUUGCAAUGUUAUGGAGGGGUAUUGGCUCUUCUAUGAGCAUCCCAACUACAGGGGAAGGCAGUAUCUCCUGAGGCCUGGCGAGUACAGGAGAUACAGUGACUGGGGAUCCAUCAAUUCCAGGAUUGGCUCCAUCAGACGUAUUGUUGCUCACCCAAACUGAGAGGAAAUACAUUGUCAACAUGAAACUGAGCCAACAUUGAAAUUAAUAAAAGUUAGGUCCACCCGCCA